GCACGAGCGGGCGGGCGGGUAGCGUCUCCACCAGCAUCUGCCGCGGCCGCGUUUGCCCGAAGCCCGGGCACCGACCCACCACAGAUCGCCUGGCGGACGGACGCGGGCGCACGCUUGUGCUCCUGGCCAGCUUCGGCGAGGCUCCCGGGGGCAGCGGACGGAUUCCUCUCCGGCUCGCGACCACGUCGGCUCGGGCGACCUCGACGCGCAGGGUCUGGAGGUGCGGGAACCGCUUUCCGCCGGUCGGUCCCCGCGCAGUUCAGCCCGGGCCGCCGCCGCGGCCCCCAGCGGCGUCCCCGAGUCCCCGCUCCCCGCCGGGCUGCCCCGAGCAACGGUGCUCAGGGGCUCCAAACUCGGGCUGCCGGGGCAAGUGUCUUCAUGAACCCAGAGGAUGUCCGGGAAGCACUACAAGGGUCCUGAAGUCAGUUGUUGCAUCAAAUAUUUCAUAUUUGGCUUCAAUGUCAUAUUUUGGUUUUUGGGAAUCGCAUUUCUUGGAAUUGGACUGUGGGCGUGGAAUGAAAAAGGUGUUCUGUCCAAUAUCUCUUCCAUCACCGACCUCGGAGGCUUUGACCCGGUGUGGCUCUUCCUCGUGGUGGGCGGAGUGAUGUUCAUUCUGGGGUUUGCAGGCUGCAUCGGAGCACUGCGGGAAAACACUUUCCUCCUCAAGUUUUUUUCUGUGUUCCUGGGAAUCAUUUUCUUCCUGGAGCUGACUGCUGGGGUUCUGGCAUUUGUUUUCAAAGACUGGAUCAAAGACCAGCUGUAUUUCUUUAUAAACAACAACAUCAGAGCAUACAGGGAUGACAUUGAUUUGCAAAACCUCAUAGACUUCACCCAGGAAUAUUGGCAGUGCUGUGGGGCUUUUGGAGCUGAUGAUUGGAACCUAAAUAUUUACUUCAAUUGCACAGAUUCCAAUGCAAGUCGAGAGCGAUGUGGCGUGCCAUUCUCCUGCUGUACUAAAGAUCCUGCAGAAGAUGUCAUCAACACUCAGUGUGGCUAUGAUGCCAGGCAAAAACCAGAAGUGGACCAGCAGAUUGUCAUCUACACGAAAGGCUGUGUUCCCCAGUUUGAGAAGUGGUUGCAGGACAAUUUAACCAUCGUGGCUGGUAUUUUCAUAGGCAUUGCACUGUUACAGAUCUUUGGGAUAUGCCUGGCCCAGAAUUUGGUUAGUGAUAUUGAAGCUGUCAGGGCUAGCUGGUAGAGCCCUGCAGCGGCUGCUACAAGACACUGGACAGACCCGUUCUUCCUGCCCCUCCAGCGCCCGUCGGAAUCCCCGCUGCACAGACCUGAACCGAAAAGAGGCAGCCUGCAAUCCCGCCUGACGGAGCUGCCAAGGACUUGCUUUUUGGGGGGCACAACCGGGAAAUGCUGCUCACUGACAGACAGAAUUAAAAAAAACAACCAGUAUGGAAGUUGUUGCGCCGUGAAUCUCUACUGUAGCCAUGAAUCUAUGGAUGGUUGCAUACUUACCAAAAAAGAAAAAGGGAGAGUAGUGUGGGGAGGGGGGGUGCCAGAUGUACAUGAAUUUGUGGAAAACACGGGCUUGUUCUCCACUUCGGUGCCUGGAGGGCUGGGAGAGGCAGUUCGCUGGUCACACCUUGAAAGGACUGCCUCCUAUUCUGUGGCCUAAAGAAGUGCAGCUUUUCUAAGAUUCAACCCCUUCCCCGGAGGCUGUGGUUUUUUGGCUUCCCUUCACCAUACAUUCCAAGGAACUGUUACAGCUGUUCCAGAAGAACGCAGCUUUGUCUUUGGGUUCCGCUUCUGUGGUCGCAUUCAGGUGGCAGUGUGGGUGGGCAAAUGCAAUCUCUCCCGGAGCGUCUCCUGAGAGAAGCUGUGCACCCCGCGUGCACUGAGUGAGGGCGCUGGAACGUGUUAUGAUGCUGAAUUUUAGCAGGACAGAUCUUUUUUCUAAGUAGGCCUGAGCUUUAUCAAUGAAAUCUAAGGAGAAAAUGAGGUUGCUGAAGAGGUAUUUGUUAAAUACCCCCUCACUUCAGCCUACCAAAUUAGUUUGGAUUCUUUGAAAACUCUGGAAUAUUCUGGGGUUUGGUUUUGUUUUGUGGUUUUUUUCUUUUGUCUCCCCAAAGUGUAAGCUAUGAAACAAUUUCUCAGAUUUUAAAGUGUUUUCUUACUCAGCUUGGAAUAUUAAUUUUUUAAUGUAUCUGCCCGCAUGACCUGGGAAUCUGAACCCACGAGCUCCUUUCCCUACCGUGUUCUGCAAUCGUUUAUGAAUGUCACUGGGUCAGCACUGACCUCACUGGCUGCGGCCUUGAGAGGAGCGUCGCGCCCUCCUGCUGGGGGGGCCCAGCUGUGCCAUAGCAGAUGCUUCCCUGUGCUCUGCAGUCUCUUCACCUUAUCAAUGGCCGUGGCCUCUUCUGCAACCUCCCCGUUUCUCUGUGAAUGGAAUUAAGCCCAAUAAUUCCAAAACAGUGUUGACACAAUCACAGGCUUCUAAUGGGUUUUUUUUCUUCCUCUGGUUUCAGUUUGGGUUACAAAAAAAAAAAAGCAAGCAAGCAUGGCCAGAGCUGCCGCUGUUCUCUCGGUGCAGACUAACCAGCGGGCUGGUGACGAGGGGUGUGCCCUGGGGGGCAAGCAUGCUGUGACAUACGGAGAACCCCACCCCCCAGGUGCUCCCGCCUGUCCUCAGCCCACUCCUGGUGGGAGGGACAAAUUUUAAUCCAAGAUUUUAAUCCAACUGGUGUCUCUCAGAAUGCCACUCUCCUGGGAGCAGACAUUAGUCUGUGGAAUGCUGAGAAAACCACUGGCAUGGUUUAUGGUGGAGACACAUUUGCCAGCCCAUAAUUGGGCAGCCAGCUAUCAUACUUCGUGGAGAUUUGCAAGGUUUUCUAUUUCAGUCCCCUGUUGCAUCGCCAUGGCCGAUGAAUGUGUCAAUCUGCCCAGAGAAAGGACAAAAUUCUUUAAAAGUCUACUUUCCAGAGUUUGGGUGUGUGUAAGAAACUGCAUGUAUGUUUUUGUGUCUCUGUAUAAUUAGAGAUGUUCAGUUCAUAUUCUGGCUUUAAGAUCAUUUUAUUUCAUCUCUUCCCCCACCUCAGUUGUCAUUCUGUAAUAUCAUUCCAACAUGGAAAAGACUUGAGCCCUCCAGUUGGCCUAUUGUCUUUUUUAUUACCUCAUUCUCCAGUGAACUCCCAUGUGAUCAGUUGAUUCAGAAUCAGGCAAGACUCCCACCCUUUGGCACAUACAGUGAGAGGCUAAAUAGCAAGUCCAAAUGAGUUCUAAAUUUUAAUUCAUCACCCUUUAUUUUUUACACUUGAGAGUGGUUGUGUUAAGGCUGUCAUCAAUAAACCUGGUUCUGCCUUC